AUGGCAGCAGUGUUCCACGGAUUGGAUAUGGCGUUUCGUCGAAGCGAGGCAGGGACAGGAAAGGCGGCCAUCAUCACGACGUUAAUAUGGAGGUCCGAAGAGGGUAAAAUACGUCGUGGAUAUGUAUAUCUCAGGAACUAUAUCGUUCCCAGAGGUCACCAACAACCUAUGUCCAAUAGGAGUGAAUCCGAUUCCUGUAUAAGGAGACGGAGCCUAAUGUGCACAGCAGUCCGCAAAUUCCAGCGAUAG